GAAUUGAUGAUCCAAAACAAAGUCAACAAUGGGCCACGAAAUUAUUUAUAUUAUGUCUGACGAUUUCUUCAACGUUCAUUUAUAAUUUGAGUAGUAUUAUUGGUAGAAAUGAUAUUGGAAAAUUAUUUUUAAUGACUGAUUUGACUAAAUAUAUUAUUCCACCUGAAAAUGGAUUUUUACCCAGAAUGGUUGUGUUAUUAAGAGAUUUCAUGUUAGUAAAUCCUGAUAAUUUUAAGGAUUAUUUUAUAGAUAAAUUAAAAGAUGUCGAUGAAGGAGCCGCGGAGGGAAUUCAAAAAUAUUUCUCGGAUUUUGAUGUGUUUGGUCUACCGGUAGCGUAUUACAUUAGACUAAAAAUUUUG